UUUAAUAACAAAUAAAAGUUUAUUUAAUUAUAUGCCAACGUUGUAUAAAAGUAUAUUAAAACUUGGUAUUGAAACAGUUGGAAAGAAUUUCUAUUGUACAAAAAUAUCUACGAACAGUAUUAAAAUGGCUGGCAGCAAAGUAUUAAAACGGAUGGAUGUUAUCAAAUCACCAGAAGAUUUACGAGAGUAUCGUGGUUUAGAACUUGUAAAUAAACUUAAAGUUUUAAUUGUUAGUGAUCCAACGACUGAUAAAUCAGCGGCUGCUUUAGAUGUUAAUAUUGGUUUUAUGAGUGAUCCUGAUAAAUUACCUGGUCUUGCACAUUUUUGUGAACAUAUGUUAUUCUUGGGUACGGAAAAAUACCCAAUUGAAAAUGAAUAUACAAAAUUUUUAAGUCAACACGGUGGUUCCAGUAAUGCUUGCACAUAUGCUGAUCAUACCAAAUAUUUCUUUGAUGUUGUACCAGAAAAAUUGGAACCUGCAUUAGAUCGAUUUGCUCAAUUUUUUAUAGCACCUUUAUUUACUGAAGAUGUAACCGAUAGAGAAUUAAAUGCAGUUAAUUCUGAGCAUGAGAAAAAUAUUCCAAACGAUACAUGGCGCUUAGAUCAAUUAGAUAAGCAUACAGGCGAUCCAAAACAUCCGUAUAGUAAAUUUGGAACUGGUAAUAAAGAUACUUUGGAUACCAUACCCAAAGAACAAGGUAUUAAUGUUCGUGAUGAACUUUUGAAAUUCCAUGAUAAAUGGUACUCAUCAAAUAUUAUGGCUUUGUGUGUGCUUGGAAAAGAGCCUUUGGAUGAAAUUGAAGAUAUGGUUGUACGAUUAUUUUCUGAUAUUAAAAAUAAAGAUGUGACUUCUCCAAGAUGGGAUGAUCAUCCAUUUACUGAUGAUUAUCUAAAAUUAUUUGCAAAAAUAGUGCCUAUCAAAGAUGUUCGUAAUUUAAAUAUUACAUUUCCAAUACCGGAUUUACAUGAAUACUAUAAAUCUGGGCCAGGAAAUUAUAUCAGUCAUUUAAUUGGACAUGAAGGACCUGGUAGUUUAUUAUCUGCUUUAAAGGCUCGUGGUUGGUCUAGUAAUCUAUUUGGUGGAUUUUUACGUCCAUCACCUAGAGGUUUUGGAUUUUUUGGUGUAUCAAUGGAUCUUACUGAAGAAGGAAUGGAUCAUAUUAACGAUAUUAUCGUUACUGUAUUCCAGUACAUCAAUCUGUUGAAAAGUGAUGAACCACAAAAAUGGAUAUUUGAAGAACAAAAAAAUAUUAUGGCUAUGCAUUUUCAUUUUAAAGAUAAAGAGGUUCCAAUUAGUUUCGUGGCGAAUCAUGUCCAUAAUUUACAGGAAUAUCCUAUGAAUGAAGUAUUAUCCGGCGGCUAUUUAUUAGAAGAAUGGAGACCAGAACUUAUUACUCAAGUGCUGGAAUAUCUUAAACCAGAAAAGUCCAGGGUCGCAAUUGUAGCACAAAAGUAUGCAAACCGUCCAGAAAAUGAACGUGAACCAUGGUAUGGAACUGAAUAUAGCUUAAGCAAAAUUUCCGAUGAGACAAUACAAAAUUGGAAUUCAGCUGGAUUUUGUUCAGAAUUGCAUUUACCACCUGUCAAUGAAUUUAUACCAACAGAUUUUUCAUUAAGACCUAAGGAUGACGAUAUAACUCAACAUCCGGCAAUAAUUUAUGAUUCGUCUUUAAUUCGAUUAUGGUUUAAACAAGAUGAUGAAUAUAAAUUACCAAAAGCAACUGUUCGAUAUGAUUUUGUUAGUCCUCUAGCUUACCUGGACCCAUUAAAUUAUGAUUUAACUCAUCUUUUUGUCGUACUAUUUCGUGAUUCUUUAAAUGAAUACGCAUAUGCAGCUGAAAUUGCUGGCUUAAAAUGGGACUUAGCGAACACAAAAUAUGGUAUGGUGUUAGCUGUCAAUGGAUAUAGUUCCAAACUACACAUACUAUUGGAACGGGUUAUAGGAAAAUUAGUUAAUUUUGAAAUUGAUCCAAAACGAUUCGACAUAAUGAAGGAAAAUUACACUAGAGAAUUGAAAAAUUUCACAACUGCUCAACCUUAUCAACAUGCUGUCUACUAUUUAGCUAUGUUAUUAACGGAAAGUGCAUGGAAUAAGGAAGAAUUAUUAGCGGCAUUAGAUCAAGUAACUGUUGAACGCUUAAAGGAAUUUAUACCAAGUUUGUUAUCCAAAUUACAUAUUGAAGGAUUAAUUCAUGGCAACUUUAAUAAGGCAGACGCGUUACAAUUAGGAACAAAAGUUGAAGAACAAAUAAAUCAAUCAUUUGCUAUUACUCCAUUAUUACCACGUCAAUUGGUAUUGAACAGGGAAAUCGAUUUAGAUGAUGGUUGUAAUUAUUUGUACGAAAUUGAAAAUAAUAUUCAUCGAAGUUCGUGUACAAGUUUAUAUUAUCAAUGUGGAAUGCAAAAAACUGAAUCAAACAUGUUGUUAGAAUUAUUUUUACAAAUUAUUUCCGAACCAUGUUAUGAUAUUUUACGUACAAAGGAACAAUUGGGUUAUAUGGUUUUUAGUGGGUUAAGACGUUCAAAUGGCGUACAAGGAUUACGGAUUAUUGUUCAGUCCGAUCGACAUCCUAAUUUUGUAGAUAGUCGAAUUGAGGAAUUUUUAAAAUCAAUGCUGGAUUACAUAACGAAUAUGCCGGACGAAGAAUUUAAAUUACAUAAAGAUGCGUUAGCAGCACAACGAUUAGAAAAACCAAAACGAUUAUCUGGACUAUCAGCACGUUUUUGGAACGAAAUUUCUAAUCAACAAUAUAAUUUUGAUCGUGCUCAAAUUGAAGUGGCUUAUUUAUUAACAAUAACCAAAUUGGAUAUUAUUAAUUUCUUUGAAAACUUCUUUUUGGAGAAUGCAAAACAACGGAAUAAAUUAGCCGUACAUGUUCUAUCAACGGCCGAAGGUGGUGCUGGUAAAAUAGACAAUAACGUGGAUGCUAAUGUUAUCGAACAAGAGGCACGGAAUAAAAUCACAGAUCCAAAUGUAUUUAAGAGUACACAAUCAAUGUUCCCGCUAGUACAACCGUAUAUAGAAAUAGUUCGAAAGGGAAGUCGAAGUAAAUUGUAAUUUUUAGAAUAUUGAUAUUAUUAAAAAAUAAAUAAAAAAAUAUGUAUGCACAUUGUGCGUGUGGCGUGAAAUAUACAGUUUUAGUACUUAACAACAAA